AUGGCCUCAAAGCAACCCGUACCCUCUAGAGCAGCGCUCAAUGCUCUUCGAGGAGUUAUACUUACUACCUCCUGCUCUGUCAUCCUGCUCGCCGAAGAACGACGACGCCGACUGCAGCUUGCACGAGCAGCAAUUGAAAAUGCACGAAAGCUCCACAUGGUCCAGACUAAUCGGGGACCGUUGGCUCUCGCCGAAAGCCAUGCCUCCUGGGGGAGCAGGUUCGUCGAGGUGGGUGAAGAUGUGUUGUCCUUGGCAUCCGUGCCCCGACCAAGGACCUCUACGCGCCGCAGAGGCCGAUCUCAUCUUAUCGGAACUCAGAACGAAAGUGAGGUGCAGGACCACGACAACGGACGAGCUCAAUUGAUGAGUGAAGCUGAUACAACAAGCGAGGCUUGUAGAAUGCUGGUCAACGCUGAUGCGCUGGGUAGCGUAUUCGACACGCUCCACCUUCAGAACAUCAGAUUACCACCGCCGAAGCCUCAUAGGUACAAUGGUUUGGAGUGGAGAGCCCCUAGGAUAUUGGUCCAGUCCAAGGCUCCAACGGCUUCAUCAUUAUCGUUGGGCACCAGCACCAAGCCUUCGCACGUUGCACAAAAAGCUAAAUACAUGUUCAUGCCAGACAAUCCUGAGACCCCUGGAUGUGAUUCCAUCGAGUCCGCUCAUGCCUAUCUAGAGAAGCACUGUCCUGGUGGCUUGGCUAACCGACCGUUCUACAACGAUGCGAUAGCGGUAUUGGAAAGACUGCUCGGGGACGUGGAAGUGCCCGACGCCAACAAGCCCAAUGUCUCGGAGAGAAUCAAGUUGGCAACCAUGAUAUUCCAGAGGCUAGCAGCAUUUGGAUCGCCAGUAUCGCCCAGAGCUACAAGGCCACUUCGGACUCAAAGCAUUCGCUUCCUCCAACUUGUUUCAACCUCCAGCCCGGACAGGUUGACAGCCACCCUAGCUUUGCUACUUCCAUUGACUAAAGAUCCCUUGUAUCUGUUGCUGCCUUUUCUGGAAUUUUUGGAGCAUGAAAGUAACCGGAAAGUGGCAUUGGAUGUUCUGAGGUUCUUGUCGCGGAACGACAGAUCCUGUUCAUGGGCUCGUGGAAUGUUAGUUUGUCAACUUCUUGCUCGUCAAGCAAAACUCCAAGCCAACUUUGACAAGACCAAGCGAGUUUACCGUCUGCUCCAAGAUGCAGGCUUAUUCAGAGAAAUUGAAACUCCUCAGAGUACAGAAUACAAGAUACGACGCCUGAUGAUCAUCCUGGCCUUGAAACAUGGCGACGACUCCUUCGCACACACAGAAUUUGAGUUGCUGAGAGAUUUGGACGCAGACACCUGCCGAUCUGACAUCAGGUUGCAAACACAUUUCAUCACAAGAGACGCCAUCAUGGGUAAAUGGGUAGAGGUUUGUUCGGACGUUGAAGCGCUUGGGCAGAUAUUAAAUACGCAAUCUGUCGACUUUCAGCGACUUUUAACAAGGACUGUCGAUAUUUUUGGUCAAACGCACAGUGGCAGCGAGCUCGAACUUUUGCUUCGGAGACUUGCCUCCGGGUAUAGGCUCAGCCUGAAACAUCGUUGGAUAUAUGCAGUACUGGACCACUACGCAAGUCGUCGGCAAAAGAUUGAAAAUCUAUUCUCGUGGCUGCAAUUUUGCCACAGCCACGGAUUCCAAAUCGAUUCAGCUUGCAACCAACGAUUCCUUGCCAUUUGCCGUAAGUUCUGGAGCUUUUCUGACAAGGCCAUUCAGAGUCUGGAGGAAAGUCUCGGGGGGGGAGCGAGGACUGGUAUACAAACUGCUUCAGAGAUGGGAACGGGUGAGCUUGGGCGGGAAAUGGCCUCGCUGGCCUCGAAGGGGCAAUGGGAGAAUGUUGCUGAGGCAUACGAGACGGCGCACCGUUCCGGCACGGACAUUUCGAUGGCGUGUUUGCGACUAGCGGUGUUGGCAUACACCAAAUGCGCGAACCCUGACAUAGAUCGCGCGAGCAACUUGAUCCAGUCUGCCUACGCAAAAGGUCAAGACGUAAGCGAAGCACUGACUCCCCUGUUGCUGGCGAGAUUGGAACGAGGCGAAACCCCCAGCUCGUUGAUCAACGGCGCUCUUCAGAUGGGGGUUCGCAUUCACGAUAGCGCUUACAACAAGGCGGCCCAGGCGCUGUCUGGCCGCGGCGACCACGAAGCCGCAGCCGCGAUGUGUGAGCUCGCCGCAAGGGAGAAUGGAAAUGGCGAGCUUUUGUACAACGAGUACAACUUUGCGAAUCUAGUGUUUGCCUACACUGGGUCUGCGAAUUACGGGGCAUUGCAGUCAUUGCUUUCUGGAUUCACGUCGGAUGCGCAGUGGUGGCACGGCAGUCGAACAUGCAAGGAGACAAUCAAGCUGGCGAUGAAGACGACGGCGAUGAGGAGUGUGGCGCAACCGCAGAAUGGCACACUACACCGACAGGCUCUCGACAGGCUGGACGACGCGCUGCUUCACUCGAGGAAGUGCCGCUUUACGAAGGACGAUCGACGGGCCGUGUCCGAGGCAUACGUCCGCUUGGCAGCGGCAGCGCCACCAUCAACCGAGGCCGACGCAAAGAAGAAUGGCAGAUGUAGCAACAAAUUUGGCAGGUUGUGUCGGCAGCAGGAAGCCACGCCAAGUGCCGAGCCCGUGCUGGUAGUGGCAACGGGUUCAAGCUGA